GUCACCUGAGUAUGUGACGUCACCCACCGGUGAGUAUGAGAACAGCCAGUCACCACGUCGAGCCUCCAACUUCACUCCUUUCUCUGGCUUAACUGCCGCUCCUCAUACUAAAGCAAAAGUCAACGUCAGACCAAACCACCUCAGCUUCUCCAGUCCAACACCAAACGCUGAGAUGAAGAGGGAGUCCAAGAGUUUUUGCACGCGUCUUGGCAACGGCUUAAAGGGCAACUUGUUGGCGUAUUUCUCGCUGCCGUCUCGACCUCAACAGAAGAAAUUAGUUUCUUCGAAAUCUGCUCCUGACGAGGAAGCUGUUGCUGACGAAUUAACUCUACGGCCAUUCCACAGAAACUCUGCGCCUUCUUACAUAUUUCGGCCACGUCAUGUGAAGGACAUUCCUCUAUCCUCUCCUCCACGUUCAGGUCCUGUGAAGGACAUUCCUCUAUCCUCUCCUCCUCUUUCAGGUUCUGUGAAGGACAUUCCUCUAUCCUCGACGUCCUCUCCCCCUUCGGGUUUUGUGAAGGAAAUUCCUCUAUCCUCUCCUCCCCCUUCAGGUGCAGUGAAGGACAUUCUUCUAUCCUCUCCUCUCCCUGCAGGUCCUGUGAAGGACAUUCCUCUAUCCCCAACGUCCCCUCCCCCUUCGGGUUUUGUGAAGGACAUUCCUCUAUCCUCUCCUCCCCCUUCAGGUCCAGUGAAGGACAUUCCUCUAUCCCCGACGUCCCCUCCCCCUUCAGGUCCUGUGAAGGACAUUCCUCUAUCCUCUCCUCCCCCUUCAGGUCCUGUGAAGGACAUUCCUCUAUCCUCGACGUCCCCUCCCCUUUCAGGUCCUGUAAAGGACAUUCCUCUAUCCUCGACGUCCUCUCCACCUUCAGGUCCUGUGAAGGGCAUUCCUCUAUCCUCUCCUCCCCCUUCAGGUCCUGUGAAGGACAUUCCUCUAUCCUCGACGUCCCCUCCCCCUUCAGGUCCUGUGAAGGACAUUCCUCUAUCCUCGGCGUCCCCUCCCCCUUCAGGUUUUGCGAUGGACGUGUCCCCAAGAGAGCGGCAGCUCUGCGCCGACGCGAUCGCUUCGAAACAAUCUUCCCAGCACUGGCGCUGGUCCUUUAGAAGAUUCGAAGAAAGUCAGCUGGACAAGCCUGGCAGCGACACGCUGGAGUCAGGAUCCAGUGACCAGCAGGAUGACAUCCACCCCCCACCCAGCAAGGUAAUGUCAGCACCAUAUCACCCCACCCAGCAAGGACUUCGAGAGUGA